CUUCCCAGCAGCGGAUGUUACUGGAAAAGUAGGACUGCUGGUGAGCUACAAACGUCAACGUUUGAGCUAGAAACCCUUGAAAAGUUCUCCAGCCUGACAUAUACAGUAACAUCAGGAAUACAGAAGCUGUUUUGGUGACUACAACAAGAGGCUUGAUUUGCUGGAAUAACUAACUACCUUUAACUGACAGGCAGUGUGAGCAGAGCUCCUUUAUCUGGCCCCCUUUCCAGAGAACCAACAUGUCCAAUGACCCCCCUCCUCCCUACCCAGGGGGCCCCAAUGCCCCUCUACUCGAGGAGAAAAAUGGACAACCUCCUGUUUCUGCAGCCACUGCUCCAGUAGUGACGGGACCUCCACAGGGACAACCCCUGCCUCCAGAAUAUGGACCUCCACCUUAUGAAGCCACACUACAACCUGGCUUUGUUCCUCCGCACGUCCCAGGUGAAGGCGCAAUGCCUAAGCUUAUGGCUAUGCCAAUGCCCAUGCUUCAUCCCCAUGGUGGUUACUACCCUCCCCCUGGGCACUAUCCUCAUCCAAUGGCGGAGCACUAUGCUCCGGGGCCCAGUCACUUUGCUCCUGGUCACACAGCCACAGUUAUCACCCCUCCUGGUGCAACCACCACCACUGUGACUGUUCUGCAGGGUGAGAUGUUCCAGUCUGCUCCAGUGCAAACGGUGUGUCCACACUGCCAGCAACCCAUCAAUACCUGCAUCAGCCACGACGUCGGCCUCAUGAAUACCCUCUUCUGUCUCUUCUGCUUCUUUGUUGGUUGUGAUCUAGGCUGUUGCUUAAUCCCCUGUAUGAUUGACGACCUCAAGGAUGUGACACACACUUGCCCGAACUGCAAGGGCUAUAUUUACACAUACAAGCGCAAAUGCUAACGGUUUAUCCUAUACUCAACAAUUGUGCUGUGACCUCAUUCUGGUGGGUGUAGAUGACUCCCUUUCAUUUCUGUCUGCUCUGUGUUCAUAUUGCCUCAGCUGACAGCCCACAGUUUUAGCCUCCUCUCAUUUUAUUUAACUAUUGAUUCUCACACUUAAUGUACAGACAUGAUAAUAUACUGUAGUUACUAAUGACUCUAAAUGAAGUAUAGAAGACUGGCAGUCAUUGAAGAAGGCAUUAUGGAUCAGUACAUUUUAUAUGCACAAUGUUAAGGGUAACAUGUUGUCAUCAAAGCACUGUUCGGGUUUUCUUUAUUUUAGAAGUAGGAUUUAUUUUAUUUUUCUAAGUUGAGCCAAGUGAAUUAGUUUAGAGAAUGUGUGAAAAUGGUUAUGUGAACAUUUCAGUAGCAAAACUAAAUGAAGUUCACUUCAGGGUCAGUAUUGUUUUAAUUGUAGGAGAUAUGUUAUUUUAUGCAUUGUUAUUCUAACAUAUUCAAAUCAAAAUAUUUUGAUGGCUGGGUCUGUGACUAACAUUGCGAUGUCCUGGAGUAAUGUUGCUUUGACGUGAAAAUGUUUAUCUAUAUUUGGCAUCUUAUGCAAAUGUUAUGGGGGAAAAAUUAUUUCACUUUUAUAUUUGAUUACUUAAAUUUGUUUAAUAAGACUUGUUUCGAAUUGUGUAAUUUUAGAUGAAGGGUUUCUAUUGCUAAGGCAUGUGUAUAUUAAUCUCAGCCUCCUUGUAAUAAUUAAGAGAUAUUAGAUAGGUUUCAUAAAGCUCAUGGUGUAAUAACCCCAUGCAGUUCAUAUUUUGGUCAUAUUUGUGGAAUUUGACCAAUACACAUUUACUUUCUUUUUUUUUAAACUGUGAAUCAAAUGAUAGCAACGAUGCAUGUUGAACCACUAUACUAGAUGUUGUGUGAUGUCAGUAAGCUGUAUGAAAGCUGUUUGAGACUUUUAUAAGCUAUUAUCCAGGUCAAUUAACCAGUACAGGUACUUAAUAAGGUAGAACAAUCUUCACUUACAUAAUUGGUGUGAAAACAUGUCUAAAAUUAACAUUUGCUUUGGAAGAGGACCAAUGAAGAUGCUUUAUUUGGUCUUUUAUUUGUUUUACAUGAACAUCGUAAAGGUGUUUUUUCUUUAAAAUGGGAGGACAUUUCUGGUCAAGCUGUUCAAAGCUGCUUUGCUGUUGGAAUUCACCAGCAUGAUGAAUCAUGCUGCAUGAUAUCAUUGUAAUCUUGCAUAGUGGUAUAUUGGGCCAUAUGUCCUCUCAGUACUCUGAGCUCAUCAUGUCACACUGGGCUUCAUUACUCAAAGCAGAUUAAUCAUUCACUUAUUAAUAUUGUGUGCAACAGGCCACAAGGAUUUUAGGGCAUGAUUUCUUUUUGGUGGUGGUGGUGAAAUGGUAAUUUCUCUAGAGUGAUUACUUUUCAUUUUCUUUGUAAUCUCUAACUAUGAAUAGUUUCUUUUGAAUUUUUUGGAUCACUUUUGAAGGUAAAUGACCGAGCGGUGCCAUGAGCACUUGGCUUGGAAUAACUGUUCUGAUUGCAAAAUAACAUUUGUAAACAUUACAAGUCAUUCUGAUCUGUCCAGAAGCUGUAAUUUACUGCUAUUUUUUAUUUUUUUAAAUAGAAAUUGAAGAUACCACAUCAGCAGUGCUUAGACACUAUACACCUAUCAGUCACAACAAUAAAACCACCUGCCUAAAAUUGUGCAGGUCCCCCUCCUGCCCCCAAAACAGCGCUAACCCUCAUCUCAGAAUAGCAUUCUGAGAUGCUCUUCUUCUCACCACAAUUGUACAGAACGGUUAUCUGAGUUACCGUACACUUUGUCAGUUUGAACCAGUUUGGCCAUUCUCUGUUGACCUCUCAUAAACAAGGCGUUUCCAUCCGCAGAACUGCCACUCACUGGAUAUUUUUUGCACCAUUCGGAGUAAAUUCUAGAGACUGUUGUGUGUGAAAAUCCCAGGAGAUCAGCAGUUGCAGAAAUACUCAAACCAGCCCAAGUGGCACCAACAAUCAUGCCACGGUCCAAAUCACUGAGAUCACAUUUUUUCCCCAUUCUGAUGAUUAAUGUGAACAUUAACUGAAGCUCCUGACCUGUAUCUGCAUGAUUGUAUGCACUGCUGCCACACAGUUGGCUGAUUAGAUAAUUACAUGAAUGAUUGUUGGUGCCAGACAGGCUGGUAUGAGUACUUCUGUAACUACUGAUCUCCUGGGAUUUUCAUGCACAACAGUCUCUAGUAUACUCUGAAUGGUGUCAAAAACAAAAAACCAUCCAGUGAGCAGCAGUUCUGCGGACGAAAAUGCCUUGUUGAUGAGAGAGGUCAACAGAGAAUGGCCAGACUGGUUCGAACUGACAAAGUCUACGGUAACUCAGAUAACCGCUCUGUACAAUUGUGGUGAGAAGAAUAUCAUCUUGGAAUGCUAUUCUGAGAUGUGUGUUGGUGCUGUUUUGGCAGCAUGUGGGGGACCUACACAAUAUUAGGCAGGUGGUUUUAAUGUUGUGGCUGAUUGGUGUAUCUGAAAAUGGCAUUAAACCUCUGCUUUCUACCAUUUUUGUAAGAUGAUUCAGAUGUUAUAUCAUGUUUCUCUUGUAGACAAUCCGACAACAUUGUAGUUAAGCGUCAGACUUUCCCUGUCUUUACAUUAUAGUAUUCAUCAAGUACAGUUUUUUUAGCACUCUCUGUAAAUGUGCAUAUAAACUCAGUGUCUUGUUAUAGAUAGUUACUUUCUCUGUAUCUUUUCAUAGUAUUUGCACCUUUGCCAUAGAUGCAUACCCAGGCAUUACAAAAAUAACUUUUGCAACCUUGUUUUUAUUUUCUCCAAAGUAUCCAGUACUUGGGAAUCCAACUCUUCAUUUUCUUUUUUUUUUGGAGUGAAAAUGUACCUUAUCUAAACCUGCUUCAUGUCAUCCCAUGAGCCACUACCUGGUGUCAUAAAAGACACCUCUUCAUCAUCCACACAUACAUAAAAACGUCAUGGAUGUCUCUGUUUCAUUAUUGAAAAAUACUCUACUGUCAAAAUAUAUGCAUGUUCCUGGGCUUUUAUUGCACAAUCCAAGCUGGCUCCCUUUAAUCUAAUAUGCUCUUGACUACUUUGGUUUACAUGCUUCAUGAAGUGACUUGAUGCUGUGCCAGACGGAGUAAACGUCAAGCUUGUGUUACAGGAAUGCAGCAACUGUAGAUAGAUGCCUUGAGAAUAGCCUGUGGCACAACACAUGAUGCCAUGCUAAACUGAAAUCUCAAAUGUGUAUGUUAAACAAAACAUAUGGACUUAUGAUUAUUUAAACAAAUAAAAAAAGACAAACCGUA